AUGUAUUCUUCUUCUUUUUUUCUUCUUCCUCUUCUUCUUCUUCUUGUUAUUCUUCUUCUUUUGUACCUUUCUUCCUUGGAUGUAUUCUUCUUCUUCUUUUCUUCUUCCUCUUCUUCUUCUUCUUGUUAUUCUUCUUCUUUUGUACCUUUCUUCCUUGAAUGUAUUCUUCUUCUUCUUUUCUUCUUCCUAUUAUUCUUCUUCUUUUAUUCUUCUUCUUUUUGUACCUUUCUUCCUUUGAAUGUAUCUUCUUCUUCUUCUUUUCUUCUUCCUCUUCUUCUUCUUCUUGUUAUUCUUCUUCUUUUGUACCUUUCUUUCUUGAAUGUAUUCUUCUUCUUCUUUUUCUUCUGUCUCUUCUUCUUCUUCUUGUUAUUCUUCUUCUUUUGUACCUUUCUUCCUUCUGAUGUAUUCUUCUUCUUCUUUUUCUUCUUCCUCUUCUUCUUCUUCUUGUUAUUCUUCUUCUUUUGUACCUUUCUUCUUGAAUGUAUUCUUCUUCUUCUUUUUUCUUCUUCCUCUUCUUCUUCUUCUUGUUAUUCUUCUUCUUUUGUACCUUUCUUCCUUGAAUGUAUUCUUCUUCUUCUUUUUCUUCUUCCUCUUCUUCUUCUUCUUGUUAUUCUUCUUCUUUUGUACCUUUCUUCCUUGAAUGUAUUCUUCUUCUUCUUCUUCUUCUUGUUAUUCUUCUUGUUUUGUACCUUUCUUCCUUGA